AAACCAUCAUGGCAGUCAGGAUUAUCAAUCACUCGUGGGUCCACGAGUUCCGCAAACACAAUGAGACAUUUAUUCCUGAUAUUAUCGAGAGCCUCACACAAAUCGUCAGUUGUUCUUUCACCUGUUCAGCACACGGUUCGUAACAUUUCCUUGCGUUUCGUCUCCAGAAAUGACGGGUGUUCUAUCAGCAAUGGAACAGCAUCAGCUGUAUUAUUCCCUCAAAAAACAGUUUAUCGAGGGAUUGAGAGGACAUUUUCCGUCUCCCCGGCUCUUGGGAAAGUCAAGCAGAAAGCUGACAAGAAAAAAUCUGGAAAAUCUCAGAAUGUCGACAUGAACGAACUCUCGGAAGUCAUCAAUGUUGAUAAAUUCACGAGGCAGAUGGAUUAUGCCGUUGAGGAGAUGAAGAAGAACUUCAUGACGUACGUCUCUCUCAGGUCAUCCAUUGGCUCCAUUGAACAGGUUGUUGUUAAUUUCGAGGGGGAGGAUUUCAUGCUCCAGGAGCUAGCGCAAAUCUCCAGGAAACCGAAAGUCGUUGUCCUCAACGUCACGACUUUUCCGCAAGCUAUUCCCCAGAUCCUCGAUGCCAUCAGCAAGAGUGGAUUGAAUUUAAAUCCUCAACAGGAUGGAACGACUGUUUUUGUGCCAAUACCAAAAAUAACAAAAGAACACAGAGAAGGUCUAGCGAAAAAUGCAAAAGCCCUCUUCAUAAAAUGUCGAGACAGUCUCAAAGACGUCAGGAACAAAGAGAUAAAAGACCUCAAAAAAAUCCCUUCAAUCUCCGAGGAUCAAGUGCGGAGGGUUCAGAGUCAACUCGAAGCCAUCUGCGAUAAAUACGUGAAGGAAGCUGAAAACCUACUAGACACUAAGCAAAAAGAACUCCUUAGGACCGAAUAAAUAGACUCGUGUAAAUUAAUACUCUGGUUUGUACAGUUUUUUUUUAUUCCAAAAAUAUAAGGCGGUGGAGAACUA